AUGCCAACUAAUAUACCUAAUUUCAUUCCACCCGAAAACUUUACACCAAUUUUUCCGCCAGAAGCUAGCGUCGAACAAAAAGAGGUCUUUACCGAAUUUUCUAAUUAUGUAAACGCUAUCUUGCUACCUGAGGAGGAUCCUCAUCAUCAAGUCGAACGUUCUUGGGUUACAGAUGCUUGUUUAAAACGUUACCUUCGAGCUUCCAAAUGGCAUUUAUCUGAGGCUAAAGCUAGGAUAAAAUAUACUUUGGAGUGGCGAAGAGAGUAUAAACCUGCAGAUAUUGAACCUGAAAGAGUUGAACCUGAGGUCGUUACUGGUAAAAUAUAUAUCAAUGGAUUUGAUAAACAUGGACGACCUAUUAUUUAUUUGAGACCAGGGCUAGAAAAUACAAAAGCAGGACCUAGACAAGUCUUGGCUGUUGUAUUUAUGUUUGAAAGUGCAAUUAAAUUAAUGCCAGAAGAUGUGGAAAACACUGUUAUUGUUAUCGAUUUUCACGAGUGUUCUGCUCGUAAAAGUCCUGGCCUGGGAAUCGCCAAAGAAUUCAUGCAUGUUUUAGGAUCUCAUUAUCCCGAAAGACUUGCAAUGGCACUAAUUGUUAAUGCUCCUUGGUACUUUUGGGGAUUCUUCAAACUUAUAUCUCCCUUUAUAGAUCCCGUCACAAAAAAUAAGAUAAAGUUUGUUGAUCUUGAAAAUCCUGACAGAAUGAAAUCCAACCCAGAAUGGAUUAAUAUUCUAGAUAGCAUUGAUAAAGAUCAAUUAGAAAGUGAAUAUGGUGGAAACCAAGAAUUUGUUUAUAAUCAUGAAAUUUAUUGGGAUACACUACUAAAAAAGAUUGACAAGAAGUAA